ACACACACACAUACACACACACCCAAGCCCUGUUCAUCCGGCCCCCCGUGCAAGAUCAGCCCCUACCAAUGCAACUCAGCUGAAUGCCCAUGGACCUCUAGGCGGGAAGCAACAGGUAGAGGCGUGCCAUGGAUUGCACCAUCAAGGAGGCGCUGUCAGUCGUGAGUGAGGACCAAUCCAUCUUUGACCCGUCCUUCGGCACCCCGCACCUCUUGAAGACAGAGCUGCCCUCGGUGGAUGACUACACCGGCAAGGAAGGCAUCGGGUUGGAGGAGCCCCCGUGGCCCACCCAGACCAACAACAGGGGCCACGUGGUGAAACAGGAGAAUGAACAGGUCAACUGCUCCAGCAGCAGGCAAUCACCCGUGGACUGUAGCGUGACCCGGAGGAGUAAAGCGGGAGGUCCAGUUGACCCGUCCCAAGUAUCCUAUCCAGGUGGAUACAACAACCAACGUAGCAGCCCCCCUGUCAACCCUCCCAGCGAGGAGAAGAGGGUCAUUGUCCCGGCAGACCCUGGCGUGUGGACCCAUGAGCAUGUCCGUCAGUGGCUGGACUGGGCAGUCAAAGAGUAUGGCCUCCUCGACGUCGAAACGAGCCUCUUCCAGAACGUGGACGGCAAGGAGCUGUGCAAACUGGGCAAGGAGGGCUUCCUUCGACUCACCACGCCGUACAACGCCGACGUGUUGCUGUCUCACCUCUCUUACCUGCGCCAGAGCAGCCCCACUUUUACAUACCCUUCUGCGCCGGUCAUCACCCAGCCUCCUCCACCACCCCCACCAAGGGCCCAGGUCAAAUCCGAGUCUCCCUACGAGGAAAUCCGGCGGAGCAGCUGGGGUAGCGGCCCUAUUAGUGCAAACCCCAAAGGUUCGCCGCCGCAGAUCCAGGGUGUGGGACGGAGCCCUGAUUCAACACGCGUCGCGCCAGAUCCAUACCAGGUCCUGGGACCUACUAGCAGCCGCUUGGCAAACCCAGGCAGCGGCCAGAUCCAGCUGUGGCAGUUCCUGCUGGAGCUGCUGUCGGACAGCACCAACGCCAACUGCAUCACCUGGGAGGGGACGAACGGCGAGUUCAAGAUGACGGACCCCGACGAGGUGGCGCGUCGGUGGGGCGAGCGCAAGAGCAAGCCCAACAUGAACUACGACAAGCUGAGCCGGGCUCUGCGCUACUACUACGACAAGAGCAUCAUGACCAAAGUGCACGGCAAGCGCUACGCCUACAAGUUCGACUUCCAGGGCAUCAACCAGGCCCAGCAGGGGCAGCCGGGGGAGCCCCCCCUCUACAAGUACCACCACACGGACCUGCCUUACCUGCCCCCCUACCACCAGCAGAAGGUGGGCUACGGGGCCCUGGGCCACGCCGCACAGGUGCCCGCCUCGUCUGCCGGCUUCUUCGGGCCACCCUCCCCCUACUGGAACGCCGGCGGCGGGAACCUUUACCAGAACCCCGCCGUGCCAAGGCAGCCCGGCAGCCACCUGAGCUCUUUCUUCUAGUCUCCGGCGGCUCGGUGGCCACCAGGACUUCUGCUAGCCAGCAGUUCUCGUUUCCCAAAUGACAGCCGAUCCCUCGGACUCUGACGUUUCGGGUCGCCGUCAACAGAGGAUGGCGCUGGUUGCGUUGGUGAGUGCCCUACCACCAGGAGGCGCUCCUGUCCUCUCCGUCCACUCUGCCAUAUUAAAAGCUAUUCCCCGUUCCCCACUGGACGUAGCCAAAGCCCCUGAGACAAACGGAUCUCUCCUACGAACAGAGGUGUGAGAUUUGCAUGCGCGGUAUGGAAGGAACCAGGAGUUACAAGGGAUGUGGAGACGCAGCUGGUCGCUUGUGCAGUGUCUUUUCUCUCCUAACGUCGGGUGCAGCUUUGCCCAACCUGAUGCCCUCUAGAUACGUCGGAGUACAAUCCUCAUAAUCCCCAGCCAGCUGGCUGGGAAUUCUGGGAGUUGUAGUCUGACAAACCUGGAGGGCACCAAGUUGUGGGAGGCUGAUCUCAUAUAACACAAUGCCCAAAGUGGUAGCAGUGAGCUGCGUGUUUCUCUGCCACCGCCCUCACCAGUAACCGGCAGUGUGAGGCGGUGCCAGGGAAGCACUCAGCAAAGUGCCAUCCGUUACUUUAGGCAUCGCGUUACGGCUGGCCCUUCAGCCUUUACAGAUCCAGGAACAAGGUUUAGCCCAAACGUACGACUGGGAACUACUUUAAAAAAAAACUAAAAUCAUGUAUUGCACAGUUGUGGGUCCUGGAUUCCAGGUCAAAGACCUGUACAUAAGACUACUGUAGAGAGACAGAGACACCCGAAACAGCAGUAACUCCCUCACUUUCUCUUGUAGCAUCAGAUUCCACCCAUGUCUCAAAACCCCUUGGGGUGUGGCAACAAAUACAACAUCCUUCAGAAGUGGUGGAGGUGGUUCGAAAGUGCUUUUGCGGCCAUCGUUCCAUCCAGGAAAGAGCGUUCCCAGCGCAUUUGGCAGAGAGGGGAGCUGGCCGUGGCGUGCGUGCCAAUUGGCUACCACUUUCACUUUUGCUACACCCCUCCCUCCCU